GCCGUCUGUAAACCAUUCGCUCUUUUCAGCAAGCUGGAGUGUUCUUGCCAGACCAAAUGGUAAACUGAUUGUGAGACGUCUCCCUGGUGAUACCUGAGCAGCCUGGCGUGGAAGUGUUGCUCGGAUGCCGCUUGACGCUGAACGCCGACAUAAAGCUUCACCAGAAAGUUUAAAGAGGUUUUAAUAUUGUGUUAGUGAGAAACGCUCUUCUGGAAGAACCUAUGGGAAACGGAUAUACGGUAAAGACUAGACCAAAAGGUGGUUACAGCAAAAUUUACAUAUGACAGAAGUGGGCCGUGGUGAAUACACACAUGGAGGCAGCAAAUACCACAGACAUGGAUACCGUGGGGGAGGUUAAUAAAACACUGGAGGAAUACGAACAGUUUUAUCUCAAUGCUCAGUUUGCCACCGGUCUGGUUUUCUAUCCUCUCCUUUGUACCUUUGGUUUCCUGGGCAAUGUUAUGUCAAUUAUUGUCAUGAGCAGGAAAUCCAUGCGAACUUCAACUAACAUGUACCUGAUAACGCUAGGUGUGGCUGACACCGUGAAAAUUCUCAACGAUUUUUUGUAUUUCAUUGUUAUACUGUGCUUACGAGUAGAUCCGCUAACAGGCAACAAAGCGAUGGGUUUGCUGUACCCAUACUGUCACUACCUGCUCAACAUGUCACUCUGUGCCUCCGCCUGGCUUACCGUCUCUGUGGCCGUAGAACGAUAUAUAUUCAUAUGUAUGCCCACAAAGGCGAAGGAAUACUGUAAUCUUGCUAGAGCCAAGAUCGUUUCUGUAGCUGUGUUUUUGUCUGUUAUCGUCAUUUCUUUGCCAUUUGCAUUCCGGUAUAAGACAACUCUCAAAUUCAACAACGCCUCGAAUACGGAAAUGUACGAGGUGGAAGUGAACAAUCUCUGGCAGAAUCCACAUUUUUCUGUGCCAUUCAACUGGAUCCACACUUGCUUAAGGACGGUUAUUCCGCUUAUCAUCUUAACAUUCCUAAACACGUCCAUCGUGUUGGGUCUACGCCGUUCACGGGCCGCCAACAAGAGGCCAUCGGCCAAACAGAAAAUCACCAUCAUGCUUGUGUCUAUUGUAAUCAUAUUCUUGGUGUGUGUCACCCCAGACGCCAUCAUGUCCACGGCUUUCGGACUGGGCUACUACGAGGAGAGUUACCUGGCCAGGGGCGUCCGGGAGAUCACAGACAGCUUUCUUCUCAUCAAUUCAGCGGUUAACUUUAUUCCAUACUGUAUUUUUAAUAAGCAUUUUAGGCGGACAUUUUUAGGUAUUUUCGGUGUGAAAAUGUUCAAUAAACUAAGUCGAUCAAGCAUUGCUGAAACGACAAGAGAUAACUUAAGAAAUUCUGGGAUUCAGACAGUGAUGGAGACUAAACUUUUGCUGAGCUCAGAGAGCGCUACGUUGUGUGCUCCUAACAAUAAUCCAGGAGGUUGAUUGACGUCUUGUAUAUAACGGUGUUUGGACCGGAGACCAGUUCACGGCUUAUCCUAAGUCUUUGUGAUGUCAGUUUGUGAAUAAUUUAAUGCCAUCAGUCGCUUUUACAAGCCAUGCUGUUUAUUUGUUCAGAUAUAUAUUUUGUAAUGUACGGUGACAUUAAAUAUAAUUUA